GAGUGAAGCUGACCCGCAAAGACCAAGAGGGCGUGGACAGCGUUUGGGUCCGUAAUAUUCCAGCGGUACGCAUGUGCAGGAGUAGAAACCGUUCAAGAGGUGUUCCAUGAGUUGCCGGUCCAACAUGGAGAGAAAAGUCCUAGCGCUGCAGGCAAGAAAGAAAAGAGUCAACAAGGGGAAAAAAUCUACGAAAAAGCCUGACCCCCACCCCAGAGCUCCCCCGCGGCAGGAGGACUCCCCCCAGCAGGAGCCGGAGGAGGAGAUCCUGGGUUCUGACGAUGAGGAGCAGGAGGACCCCAACGAUUACUGCAAGGGUGGCUACCAUCAUGUGAAGAUCGGGGACCUGUUCAACGGGCGAUACCACGUGAUCCGAAAGUUGGGCUGGGGCCACUUCUCCACCGUGUGGCUGGCCUGGGACCUGCAGGGAAAGCGCUUUGUGGCCAUGAAGGUGGUGAAGAGCGCGGAGCACUACACUGAGACCGCGCUGGACGAGAUCAAGCUGCUGCGAACGGUCAGAAAUACGGAUCCAGAUGACCCCAACAGGGAGAGAGUUGUCCAGUUGUUGGAUGAUUUCAAGAUCUCUGGCGUCAACGGCACUCAUGUGUGCAUGGUGUUUGAGGUGAUGGGACACCACCUGCUCAAGUGGAUCAUCAAAUCCAACUACCAGGGUCUGCCUCUGCCCUGUGUCAAGACCAUCAUACGACAGGUUCUGCAAGGCCUGGACUACCUGCACACAAAGUGUAAGAUCAUCCACACAGACAUCAAGCCGGAGAACAUCCUGAUGAGCGUGGACGAGCCCUACGUGCGGCGCCUGGCCGCCGAAGCCACCGAGUGGCAGAAGGCUGGAGCCCCGCCCCCUUCUGGCUCCGCUGUGAGUACAGCUCCACCACCAAAACAAGUGGUGAAGAUGUCGAAGAAUAAGAAGAAGAAGCUGAAGAAGAAGCAGAAGCGUCAGGCAGAGCUCCUGGAGAAGCGCAUCCUGGAGCUGGAGGAGCUGGAGAAGGGGUGCGAGGAUGGGGAGGAGAAGGAGGAGGACCCCCAAACGCCUGAGGGGCCCACCUGUGUCCCCCUCCAACAGGCCUCCUUCCAGGACAUCGCCUGCGAGGUCACAGAAGAAAGCAGCACUGAAGGGUGGGGUCAGGACGAGGGCGUGAUGGAGGUGAACUGCAAUGGCCACACCCCCAACAGCCCCCCUCAGGGGAGGGAGAAAGAUGAGGAGGAGCAGCCAGACCAGUGCGAGGAAGAAGACCGCCGCAACGCAAAUGACGGCCUGCAGGGGGAGCACGACUCGCAGGCACAGCAGGAGCCGCUCGCCAACGCCACCUACCAGACCUGCAACGGCCUGGCCGACGACGGUGACCUCAGUGACGUGAGCCACUCGGCGCCCUCUACGUGGCAGGAGGAAGAACGGCAGCCUGGGGAACCGGCCACCGGCUGCGCCGAGGCAGAGAACGUUCUGGAAAGCCAGGAGGAGAGCCUGAGGAACGCUAAGUUGGCGGCCGGAAACCUGCUGGUGAACCUGCUGGAGCCGUUCAACUCUGACAAGAUCCAGGUGAAGAUCGCGGACCUGGGGAACGCCUGCUGGGUGCACAAGCACUUCACAGAGGACAUCCAGACGCGGCAGUACCGCUCCCUGGAGGUCCUGAUCGGCGCGGGGUACAACACACCCGCCGACGUCUGGAGCACGGCCUGCAUGGCGUUCGAGUUGGCGACGGGGGACUACCUGUUCGAGCCGCACUCUGGUGAAGACUACUCUCGUGAUGAAGACCACAUUGCGUUGAUCAUUGAGCUGCUGGGGAAGGUUCCACGCAAGCUCAUUGUGGCUGGCAAAUACUCCAAGGAUUUUUUCACCAAGAAAGGUGACCUGAAGCACAUCACUAAGCUGAAGCCGUGGGGCCUGCUGCAGGUGCUGGUGGAGAAGUACGAAUGGCAGCCGGAGGAAGCGCAGACCUUCUCAGACUUCCUGCUGCCCAUGCUGGACCUCAUCCCGGAGAAGAGGGCCACCGCCGCAGAGUGCCUGCGCCAUGCCUGGAUCGCCUCCUAGUGGCAGCUCCGGGCAACUGCGCCUCCCUGUCCCGACCCCUCCACAUGACAGUGACUGAAUCAGCCAGCCUCAGCCAUAACGGCAGUAUCCCAGAGAAACUCCCUCCAAAAAUACUAGCACAUUUAUUAAUUUAUUUGUUUUAUUUUUUGUUUCGUAUAAUUUCGUUUUUCUUCCUUUCUGAACGUUACUUGAGUAUGUCUGCUUUUUUCAUGUUGUUCCCCCCCCUCCUGAACUCUAUUGAAGAUACUGAUGCUGGAGAAUGGUGGUUUUUGGCCACGCCCACUCACAGGCUUCUUCUUUGUCCAUUUCCACGCUGCAAUGUUUAAAAAAUUGCAGCAAUUGUUUUAUUUUUAAAUUUUUUUUUUUUGAAGCAGAAUAUCAGCAACUCCAAAGACAUUACCUGCAGUGUAGUGCAGCGGUCAGUUUAUGGGCUGUUUUUGUGUUGGAUAGUGUUUGCAUUGUUUCUAUAUGACUAACAGAUGACAGCUGUGUCAUUUUCUGAGGUGCUUAGCAUUAGUCAGAGCUCACAGCAGUAGGGGGCGCUAGAGAAGGCUGUGAGAGGGGCACUAUGCUGCCAGUGUUGCCCAAAACCACAAACAGACUUUGUACCUUCUCCAUAAAGGCCAUGUACUUGUCUUUCCUCAGUUCACACAUGGCGAGUUUAUCUAUCGACAGCUUCAGCAGGAAUGGUCAGCUUGUUGAGAGAUUAUACGUAUAUUUGACGAGUUCCCCAGCCUCUGUUUCAAUCUUCUGAUAAAAUCUGCGUUGGUUUGAUAGGCUAAUUUUGGUCCUCCUUUAGGUUUUCUUUUUCUAAUGUGAUGAUAGUCUUUUCCAAAUACAAAAUGGAGGCUGCCACUGUCCACAGUGAAGCAGUUGAAUGAUUGGGUGUGUGUGUUUUCAGUGUGUGUGUGUGUCUGUUCUGUGUGCCUGUGGGUGUUCUGUGCAUGUGUGUGUGUGUGUGUUUGUGUGCGUGAAUACACUCUUACCAAAGAGUUUGCCUUCUGUAUAUUACAACCUUGUACAGUUUUUACCGAAUUCAGAUACUGUUGUGUAUUAGAUUUAAAAAAAAUAUUUCGCCGGCAAUGUUUUAACUAAUUUUGGGAAAAGUCUGGGUUUGGAUUGGAUUUGGAACUCUUCUGUAAGUCUAGCUGUUUUUUUUGUUUUUUUUUUUUAAAGAAAGGAAACGCACACAAAAAAAGAUUUCCAUAACAUUGCUCUUCAGUUUGUUUUCAGUCUAAAAAGAAGCCAAGGGCUUGCGCUGCUGUGAGAUGCCAGCCGCCUGCUCUCUUCUGCUCAGCUUGUUUCCAUUACACAGGUCUUCCGCGCUUCCCUUGUUCAACAUGCUUGCUCACUGCGGAACGUGAAUAGAAAUAUUUUCCCCCCUGUGGAUCAUAGGUAAUAAAGAGGUUUUUAAAAUGAA